UCUUCUUUUUUUUUUUUUUACGGAUUUACUGCCGUCAUCAGUGCAAGUUUUUUAGAGUGUCAUGAAAGAAAUGUCAAGCACCAUGCCUGGUGGGCAGCAGCCUCAGAAACACUAUGGUAUCACCUCUGCCAUUAGCCUUGCUCCCCCACGAGACAUAGACCACGAGUACACAAAGAAGCUGUGCGAUGCUAUGAAUCCUUUUGGAGUGUUUGAAGAUGAAGAGGAGCUGAACCACAGACUUGCUGUUCUCGGGAAGUUAAAUAACUUUGUUAAGGAGUGGAUUGCAGAGAUCAGUGAAUUAAAGAACCUUCCACCAUCAGCAAUUAGCUGUGUUGGGGGAAAGAUAUUUACAUUUGGUUCCUACAGACUCGGUGUGCACACAAAAGGAGCUGAUAUUGAUGCCUUGUGUGUGGCUCCACGCCAUGUAGAGAGAACUGACUUUUUCCAGUCUUUCUUUGAGAAAUUGAAACAGCACGAAGAGAUUAAAGAUCUCAGGGCUGUCGAGGACGCUUUUGUACCAGUGAUAAAAUUCAAGUUUGAUGGGAUUGAGAUUGACCUGCUGUUUGCCAGACUGGCCUUACAGUCCAUCCCAGACAACCUGGACCUGAGGGGAGACUCCAUCCUAAAAAACCUGGACAUUCGGUGUAUCCGCAGCCUUAACGGUUGUCGAGUCACCGAUGAAAUUUUGUACCUGGUGCCAAACAAAGAAAACUUCAGGCUGACAUUGAGAGCCAUUAAACUCUGGGCGAAACGGCGAGGGAUCUACUCCAACAUGUUGGGCUUCCUGGGUGGAGUGUCGUGGGCCAUGUUGGUGGCCAGGACCUGCCAGCUCUACCCCAACGCUGUGGCUGCCACGCUCGUCCACAAGUUCUUCUUAGUUUUCUCCAAAUGGGAGUGGCCAAAUCCAGUACUAUUGAAGCAGCCUGAGGACAGUAACCUGAACUUACCUGUAUGGGAUCCCAGAGUUAACCCGUCCGACAGAUACCACCUGAUGCCAAUCAUCACGCCCGCCUACCCCCAGCAAAACUCCACGUACAACGUCUCCACGUCGACGCGCACCAUCAUGAGCGAGGAGUUUAAACACGGUACACACGGUCGCCCCGCGGCCGCCGAGCUGAGAUCCACGUCUGUAAAACGUGCAUUCCCCUUCAUGUGCGGCUGUACCUUCUCCUCAACAGGUCUUAACGUCACAGAUGAGAUCCUUCAGGGCAAAGCGGAAUGGUCCAAGCUCUUUGAGCCGCCCAGUUUUUUCCAAAAAUACAAGCAUUACAUUGUUCUGACUGCCAGCGCAUCCACAGAAGAAAACCACUUAGAAUGGAUCGGCCUCGUAGAGUCAAAGAUCCGCGUCCUGGUCGGAAACCUCGAGAGGAACGAGUACAUCACGUUGGCCCACGUCAAUCCUCAGUCCUUCCCCGGGUCCAAAGAGAACCGCAGCGAGAACGAGUUUGUGUCCAUGUGGUUCAUCGGGAUCAUCUUCAAGAAGGUGGAGAAUGCAGAGAGCGUGAACAUUGACCUGACGUACGACAUCCAGUCCUUCACCGACACCGUGUACAGACAAGCUAACAACAUCAACAUGCUGAAAGACGGGAUGAAGAUUGAGGCAACACACGUGAAGAAGAAGCAGCUCCAUCAGUACCUCCCCCCAGAACUGGUGCAGAGGAAGAAGAGGAGCAUAGCAGAGUUGAACCGGAGCUCCAACGGCGGGAGCUCAAAGCGAAUCUCUCUGGACAGCAGUCACCUGGACAGCUCCAGGGACACCGACUCAGGAACUCCCUUUACCUCCCCGACCGGCAAACCCGCUAAACCCACAUCAGACACGGACGACAGCUCCAGCCCUCCCAAGCAGCUUUUUGUGGAGAGUUCCCCGACCCCAAGCGUGGCACCUGAUGGUAACGAACCGAGCUCCAAGCCUUCGGUGAAAGCAAAGCCUCCCUCUCCGCCAGCCAGCAACUCUGCCAGCACGGCGCUGAGCGGGAAGCCCAGCGCGGCCAGCAGCCCCAAAGAGGAGCCCAACGGCCUGGAAGACCCGGUCAACGGAGCCCCCGCCAAGAGACCGCAUUCGCCCACACAAGAAGACCUGGCCAAGAGGCUCAAGGAGGCGGACGCGGUGUCCAACGAGGAGUCUGCUUUCAAAGAGCCAUAUCCACCGUCCUCUGACUGCAGUCCGCACGGAGAAGCCCCCAGCACUCCACCUCAAGCUGGAUCAAAGGCAAAGCCCAUUCCAACAAUUGAUACCUCAAGAACACAGAGACUUCCCAGCAUGGAGCUGCCAGACGCCUCCUCACCUCUCCCCGCCAGUAACAGUUGCCGUGUGGUGAAAAACUCCAUUAAACUGGCCCUCAACCGCCACAACAUCACACCUCCAAAGCCCCCGGUGUUCGAUGGCACCCUCAUCACUGACGCUCCUCCCACUAGCGAAGAGAAGGGCAUGUCCAUUCCAGUCAUUGGCUCAAAACACGUGACAUCUAAACACGCGGCGCCCCCCGUUGGCAGCUCCAUCCCCACCCUGGUGAGCCGAGUCGUGGACCCGCUGAACGGAGCGGCCUCUAAAAGACCCCACUCCCCCUCCCUGGAGGAGCAGGCGAAGAGGCUGAAAGAAACAGAAAAGGCUAGAAUCCACAUAGCUUGAAAGACUGCUCCGAAAAGACUGGAUUCAUACCCGCGCAGAGGUCGGAAAAGGGGUUGGGAAAAGAGGGGGGCUUUUUCAGUCGACUUACACAAAACGAAACGAACAAAAAAAAAAAAAAA